AUGCUGCCGAGAAUAUCGAGAAGGUUUGCAUCGCAAUUCGCCGGCGUUCGUGAUGUUGUCAAAUACACGCCGAGAAGAGCGCUUCUUUAUGUGCCGGCAAGCAAUCAAAGAAUGCUUGGAAAAAUUCCAAAUAUUAGCGCCGACUGUGUUGUUGUCGAAUUAGAAGACGGUGUGUCAUUAACGUCGAAAGAAGUCGCAAGAAAGCAAGCCGUUGAAUUUUUGAACAAAGUUGAUUAUUCUUCGCUGGCAUGCCAAGAGCUUGGGCUUCGUGUGAACUCAGUAAGCAGUGGAUUAAUUGAGGAUGACAUCAAAGUAAUCUCGAAAGCGGAAAAACUUCCACAAGCGUUCAUGAUUCCGAAAGUUGAUUGUCCUGAAGACAUUGCCACAUUUUACAGCAUCUUCCGCGAAUAUUAUGGAGAUGAGAAAAUCUCGAAUACCAACACACGUCUCAUUAUUUGGAUCGAAUCGGCAAAAGCUCUUCUCGAUAUGCCUCGAAUUCUUGCCAACACGCUGAAUUUGUUCAAGCAGUCGGGAUUUUUCAAAUUGGAUGGCGUCGUUUUUGGAUCCGACGACUUUUGUGCCGACAUUGGAGCCACACGAACGUCGCAUGGCACUGAAAAUUUGUUCGCUCGUCAGAAAUUCGUCACUUGCUGUAAGGCUUUUUUUCUGCAAGCCAUUGAUAGCGUUUACAUUGACAUCAAAGACCUCGAUGGACUUCGGAGGCAAUGUGUUGAAGGAAGAAGCUGGGGAUUCACUGGAAAGCAAGUGAUCCAUCCGAGCCAGGUUCCAGUUGUUCAGGAGCAAUUUUUACCUCCGAAAGAAAAAAUUGAGUGGGCUCAAGAGCUUAUUCACGCUUUCAGUGAACACGAGGCACUGGGUAAAGGCGCGUUUCAGUUUCGCGGUCAAAUGAUUGACAGACCCCUUCUCCUUCAAGCAUUGAACAUUAUUCAAUUAAUCGAAAGAAUAGGAAAACAGUAA